AUGUCUGAGAACGCCAACAGGCCUAUAAUCCACAACAUCUUCAAAUUUGUCAGAGAUGUCACGCUUCAAAUAUCCGGUCAAGCUGAAACACUACAGCAAGUACUACUGUCCUCGCCAGAAGGCGACCGACGCUUGCUCCUUGAGGCGCUGGAUGUUGUGCAGCAUUGGUGGAUGCUCAGUGCAAUAACACAAUCUGCGCUCGUCAUGCUUGUCAAGGACAUGCAGAGUCGCAACUGGAUACUCGCAGCUAAAGUCAUUAACAAACUGGACCUAAAAAUCAGGCGUGACGUAGCCGCACAGCUCUCCGAAACGACGAGGAGUAACGUCCUGAAAGUGCUGUCCAUACUGCAGAAGGUCGCUGAGCUGGAGUUUACAACGGACGGUGAAUUCAUUCCAGAUGUCUAUAUCAGGGCAGGGGAAUGGCCAGAGCUCUUCCCUGUGAGACUGCGGACAUGUUCUCUUCGUGGGCAGUCUUAUAAGCCUUUCAACGGCAUCGAAGUCGUCGACGAGAGUUGCAUGGAUAGCUUUCAUGAGGAUAGGUCCUGCCCUCCAAGUUCCUAG